AUGUUAUUUCAGCUUCUGGUUAUAUUUUUUGUACUGGUAUAAAUAAGUGAAUAAACUUGCCGGACUGAUGACUGUUACAGCUGUUCCCUCCAUAAAGAUUGUUGUAUUACAUGUAAGUGCUAUAAGAGUUAAAAAUUUUAAAGAACAAUUGAUACCUUCGGGUGUGACUAUAAAAAAUGUGAUAAAUAUGAUGAUGGAAAAUGUUAUUCAUGUGUAGAUGGUUAUUAUUUACAGAAUUCCAUUUGCUACCUAUGUACUUAUCCAUGCAUAGAAUGCUAGAGUAGUAAGAAAUGUAAAAAAUGCUCAUAAGGAUAUAAAUUAAGCAAUGAUAAAUGUAUCUAAUGCACAGUUCCAUUAUGCAAAGAUUGUGAUAGUAAUUCAAACUAAUGUUCCUAAUGCGUAAAUAAUGCAACUUAUAAUUCAUCUAUUCAAGAAUGUGUAUGCAAUGCGUCAUACUUUUAAGUUAGUGGAUAAUGUAAAUAAUGCAUUUCAAUAUGUGGGACAUGUUCAAAUUCAUACAAUAAUUGUGCUACAUGCAAGAGUGUUUCAAAUAUGUCAGCAACUCCAAUAAAUGGAGUAUGUAGUUGUGUAACUGGAUAUUAUUGGAAUCAGAGCAAUUCGCAAUGUAAUUAAUGUACAGCGCCUUGUUUAACAUGCGAAGACGAAGCAACAUAAUGUACUUCAUGUAAUGGUGCCUCACUUACAGUGAAUGACGAUAAUCAAUGCACUUGUCAAGUUGGAUAUUUUAGUUCCCCCAAUGAUCUUUAUUAAUGCGAGGUAUGUUCCAAAAAUUGUCUAACAUGUGCUGAUAUCAGUAAUAAGUGCACAUCGUGCUAUGAAAAUUAUGAAUUAAAUGAUGGCACUAAUAGUUGCUUUUGUCCUGAUGGAUUUUUUGAAAUAGAUAAUAUAUGCAAUAAAUGCGACUCAUUAUGUUCUAAGUGUUCCUCUAAUUCAGUGUGCACAGAAUGCAUUGAUAAUCAGUUCGUUAAAUUUUCAAAUCAGUAAUGCACCUGCAUGGAUGGGUAUUAUUUUGAUGCCAUCUAAUCAACAUGUCUAUAAUGUGAUUCAACCUGUAAAACGUGUUAAACUCAAAAAGAAAUGUGUAGUUCUUGCAGUUUAGAAUCAAAUAGAAUUCUAAGAGUGAACAAGUGCAUUUGUAAACCUGAUUUCUUUUUAAAUGUAAAUUAACUUUGUAUCUCUUGUAAGUCCAAAGAAGCUAUAGCUAUUGAAUUUUGCAAGUAUAGAGAUUGUGCUGAUGGAAUCUGGUCUUAUGGAGAAGAAUGUAAUGAUGCAAAUUAUUCAUCCAGGGAUGGUUGUUAUAAUUGUCUCUUAGAACCCUAAUACUAUUGCAUCAAUGAAAUACAAAAACCAUCUCAGUGUUUUAAAUGUCAAGAAUAUUGUUCUGUUUGUGAGUAUGAUUACCUUAACAAAAAACAAGUGUGCAAACAAGCUAUCGAUGGAUACUAUAUUGAAAAUUCUAUUCGUAUCAAUAAAUGUGGAGACAAAUGUUUGCAUUGUUAAUCAAAUGCUAGUCAAUGUACCUAAUGUAGAUUCCUUAAUAUAAGUAAAUCAAAUAUCAAUUGCUAAUUAUGUGAAUACAAAUAAGGGUAUUAUACAGAUUAUGAAAAUAACUCAUGUUAUUCUAAAUGUGGAGAUGCAAUCUUGGCUGAUGUCGAAUAAUGCGAUGAUGGAAACAGGAUAAAUGGAGAUGGAUGCAGUGAUCACUGCUUUUUGGAAAAAAGUUUCGAUUGUUUAAAUGGAGUUUGUAGUAAAACCAAGAACCCAAUUCCUUCGGGAUAAGAAAACAAGAUUUAUGAUUUGUAUACUCCAAAGAGGUAAGUACUAGUGAAGUAUGACUAAGAGUUGAGCCUAAAUCAAUAAUUUGA